CUCCUUUGGUUCCACAGUACUCCGCCUCUUUGAAAGCACUUUAGUUUUCCAUCAGUGAGUCAGAAGAAGCGCAACCCCACUGAGGAACUCCAGCAAGAAUACACGCAUUAAAAAAAAAAGCUUCAGGAUUUACGCACACAAGCCUUGCGAUUACACCAGCUCCUUUCGCACACAUAAAUUAUGGGAUGUACAACUAACACUAGUUGACAAGGGGACACUUGGAUAGAGAGUGCGCGCAAAGCAUGGCUUGGGUACGCACAUGCCUUUUCCUAUCUUGUGUUGGACAGGUGGUGGCAAAUCCGCCAACCGAAACAAGGAUAUAUUUGGAUAACAUCACGCGCAUUUUGGAUAGAUUAUUGGAUGGAUAUGACAACAGACUCCGACCUGGAUUUGGAGGUCCUGUCACUGAGGUUAAAACAGACAUCUUUGUCACCAGCUUCGGUCCAGUUUCUGAUGUGGAAAUGGAAUACACGAUGGAUGUGUUUUUCCGGCAAACGUGGAUAGAUGACCGGCUGAAAUUUGAGGGCCCCAUUGAGAUCCUGCGUCUGAACAACCUAAUGGUCAGCAAGAUCUGGACGCCGGACACUUUCUUCCGAAAUGGCAAACGUUCGAUUUCACACAACAUGACCACUCCCAACAAGCUGUUCCGCAUCAUGCAGAACGGAACUAUUCUGUACACCAUGAGGUUAACCAUCAACGCUGAGUGCCCCAUGCGAUUGAUCAAUUUCCCAAUGGACGGACAUUCAUGCCCUUUGAAAUUUGGCAGCUAUGCCUACCCAAUGAGUGAGAUUGUUUACACGUGGAAGAAAGGACCGCUAUUUUCGGUGGAAGUUCCACAGGAGAGCUCCAGUCUGCUACAGUAUGAUCUAAUUGGACAGACGGUGUCUAGUGAAAGGUUGAAGUCAAACACAGGUGAAUAUAUAGUCAUGACGGUGUACUUCCAUCUGCAGAGGAAAAUGGGCUUCUUUUUGAUCCAGACCUACAUCCCAUGCAUUAUGACUGUGAUCUUAGCACAGGUCUCCUUUUGGAUUGACAAAGAGUCAGUACCUGCAAGAACUGUGUUUGGCAUCACCACAGUGCUGACCAUGACCACGCUGAGCAUUAGCGCCCGUCACUCAUUACCAAAAGUCUCCUACGCCACCGCCAUGGACUGGUUCAUCGCCGUCUGCUUCGCGUUUGUCUUCUCUGCCCUCAUCGAGUUUGCUGCCGUCAACUAUUUCUCCACCUUGCAGGCCAAUAAGGAACUACGGCGAGCCAACAUUGCACGCGCCGCCGCUGCCGCAGCAGCUGCCAGAAGUGACGGAGAAGGCGUUUUGAAUCCCUUGGACCCCGGAGGAGUGCUGAAGAAACGAAUGAACUCUCUCUCUCAAAGAAGCGCGACUGACAGGUUCUCCAGGCCGUCUCAAUCUGAUUUCCACCAGCAAGGCUCCGCUGUCCCUGCAAACAACAUGCUGAUAGGAACUAGUAUUAUUGACAAGUACUCACGCAUCCUUUUCCCUCUGUCCUUUGGAGCCUUUAACCUGGUCUACUGGAUUGUCUAUCUCACCAAAGACACAAUGGAAUCCAGGGAAGUGUGAGUGCUGUUAGAAACUGCAAAGAAGUACGACUGAAGACAAUCACCAUCUUAUAAACUGAAGGAUGUAUGUAUGGAUGUAUGGAUAGAUGAGAGACACUGCUGCUGAAGGUGUAACUGUGAUUGUUUUGGGAGGGACGGGUGUUACUCUUCUUCACCUUUGGUCUUCCCUCUCCACCGGCCCUGUAGCAUGUAUUGACCUCUCAUCGCUCUGGCAUGAAACUCUCCGACUGCAGAAUGAUUUCCCUUUUCCCUAAAGACGUUCAAGCUCAAUGGCAUUUGUGGCACUGGUCAGGACUCUGCCAGUUAAUUACAGACACACACACACACACAACCUCGGAAUCAACACUCAAACAGGUCAAAUAUUUCAGUAACACUUUAGUUUAAGUAACAAUUCACACCAUUAACUACUGGCUUAUUACCUGCCUUUAAUGAAGAUAUUAACUGUUUAUGAGUACUUAUUAAGUAGGAUCUUAUUUUACAUCCUUAAUACUACUCGAUACCUAACUAUUCAUAAGCAGCAAAUAAGUCGUUUAUUGAGCUAAAAGUCUUAGUUGAUGGUUUAAUAAUAGCUUGUUAAUAGUGUGAAUUGUACAUUAAAAUAAAGUUUGACCAAAAUGUCAAGAUGUAAUACAAGCCUUAUCGUACACAUAAACAGGGGUUGGACAGUGAAUCUGAAACGCCUGGUUUUAAAUCACAAUUAUUCAUUGGCAUGGUGUAGGGCCUCCUUUUGCGGCCAAUAUAGCAUCGAUUCAUCCUGGGAAUGACAGAUACAAGUCCUGCACAGUGGCCAGAUAUAAAUAGUGGCCAGAUGACAACCAGAUGCUGGUGGAUGAAAACGUUUCCUGACUGGCUCCUCCAAUACACCCCAAAGUGGCUCAAUAAUAUUUAGAUCUGGUGACUGUGCAGGACAUGAAAGAUGUUCAACUUAACUUUCAAGUUCAUCAAACCACUCUGUCACCAGUCCUGCUGUCUGUAUCGGUGCAUUAUUAUCCUGAUACACGGCUGCGCCCUUAGGAUACCGUGUUUGAACUUAUGAGUGCGCAUGGUCCUCCAGAAUGGAUCGGUAGUCCUUGGCAGUGACGCUGACAUCUAGCACAAAUAUAGAGCCUAAGGAAUGCCAUGAUAUUGCAGACCAAACCAUCAUGAAUCCAUCCCCAUGAUUCACUUUGGGUAUGCAACAGUCUGGGUGGUACACUUCUUUGGGGCUUCUCCAAAGCGUAACUCUCCCAGAUGUGGGAAAUACAGUAAAAGUGGACUUAUCCGAGAACAAUACAUGUUUCACAUUGUCCACAGCCCAAGAUUUUAACUGCUGGCACCAUUGAAAUUGACGUUUGGCAUUGGCAUGAGUGACCAAAGUUUUGGCCGUAGCAACCCAGCCAUGUUUGUUAACCCUGUGGAGCUCCCAAUGAACAGUUUUGGUGGUAGCAGGAGAGUACAGGUGCAUAUUUAAAUCUGCAGUGAGUUGGUGAGCACAUCCUGGUUAGCACAAGGACAUCUCUUUCAGACAGCUUCCUCUUGCGUCCACAUUAUUUCUUUCUUGUUGGUAUGCUGACAAUACCUCGGAUAAUGUAGCUCAUGAUCCAUCACAAAACAUUUCUGUCUUGGUCACAGAUGCAUCAGCGAGAUGCACGCCAACAAUUUGUCUUCUUUUAAACUCUGAUACGUCACCCAUAAUGUUGUGUGCAUAGCAAUAUUUUAAGCAAAACUAU